GCCUAUCAACAUGAUUUGGAGCUGGAGGAGGUUCCAAGUGUGUCGAAAUACUGUAUCAAAUGCAAGGAGGCGAUCGCCGUUGUUGUCAUCAGAGCAGGGGACAAACACUGCAGGGGUUGGACCCAAAUGCAGGACUCGGAGGCAGUGACAUGAUGUUGAGGGUGGUUUUAUUCCAGCCAGAUGUCAGACUCAAGAACGCUGGCCCUGACAACGAAGCAAAUACAUAAGAAGAGGCUCGUAUACUCACGCAGGUUAAUGCAGUAUCAAGCACAAUGAACUGCUUCAUUGUGUGUGCCUAUUCACCAGAAAAUGUCAGAUUAUCCAGACCAACUAUAGUGCAUGAUGGAGCACCCAGGAUUUAUUGCCAGUCUGAACCCGUGGAGGGUCAUGGGAGUGCUGUAGCCUAUCCCAGCUGUCAUCAUGUAGAAGGAAGUGGAGAUCCCAACUGGACAUCCCGGAGAAAAGCACACAGACACGGGGAGAACAUGCUAACUCCACAAAGGGACUGUUUUGAGCAAUACUUCCGUCACAAAUUCAGGGCUAUACUGGGAAAAAACAGAGUCAUUUUCCCUGGAGAAAAGGUGCUGCUGGCUGUUUCUGGAGGUCCCUCUUCAUCUACAAUGCUCAGACAAGUUGAAGAGGGAUUGAGUCAGAAUGCUCACAAGAAAUUGAGAUUCACGCCAGGAAUUGUCUACAUUGAUGAGGGCGGUGCUUUGGACCAGUCUCUCGAGGAGAGACAGCAAACAGUGGCAAUUAUGGAAGAUAUAUUGAAAGCCACAGGAUUCCCCUUCUACAUCGUGCCUCUGGAAAAGGUUCUUGACCUCCCGAGUUCCGUUAUAGUGAUGUCUCCUUCCUCAAAUCAACAACCGAGUUCCGACAAAGCAUCUGUGGAUUACUUCAUCUGCAGCAAUACUGGUAGCUCUUUGACAUUAGAGCAGAAGCAUGAAGCUUCAUUGCCUUAUGUUCCAGAGUCCCAAACUCAGUUACUGCAACAGCUCAUUGACUGCUCAAGGACACUGACAGCCAAAGAAGAUAUACUGAGCAUAUUAAGACACCAUCUACUAGUGCACACAGCUCGUUGUGAAGGCUACAAAAAAUUGAUGUUUGGAGACAACUGCACCAGACUGGCUGUCAAACUUUUGAGUAGUAUCUCACUGGGCAGGGGCGCACACCUUGCUCAAGACACGAGUUUCUCUGACUCUCGCUACGGUGAUAUUGUGUCAUUGAGACCAAUGAGGGACUACUCUUCAAAGGAAAUAGCCUACUAUUGCCACAUCUUCAGUGUUCCUUCCGUUGUCACACCAAACCUGCAGACCAAGAAUAAAGAAAAGGCCAGUAUCCAGCGUCUGACAGAGAGCUUUGUCAAUAAGCUGCAAGUUGAUUUUCCAUCUACAGUCAGCACCAUCUACAGAACAAGUGAAAAGCUGCAAACAACUUGGAAAAGUACAUCUGCAAACUCUUGGGACAGAUGUUUGCUCUGUAUGUGUUCUCUGGAUACUGCAGUUGAGAAUGCUUCGGCCUUCCAGGCAACUCGGAUUUCUGAACGCCUCUCCCAGAGCAAAUCUGUAGAUGCUAACAGUGAUUUGUUUCCCAGACAAAACACAGAAUUGGGAAGUCCCUGUGCCCAUUGCUGUUCCAAGAGCACAGAAGAGCAAGACAAAACUGUGGAAGACAAAGGCUGUUGUUCUUGUACCAGGGUUCCAGACACAACUGAUAUGAGUGGCCUGCUGUGUUACAGUUGUCAGUUGACCAUCAAAGACAUGUCAUCAGUUGAAUACCUCCCUCAAUACAUCUUGUCAGAGGCUCAGGUGAAGCAAAGGAGGUCUCACAUGAAAGAGGAGAUCAGUGAUUGUCUGCUGGAUGUUUAAGAUGGGAAGUGUUUUGACAGUACAGAAGUGGAACUAAGUGAUUAACUGCAACAGGAACAACAAUUUGUUUACAAUAGCAAUGUGUUGGUUUCUUCGUCGAAUGCUUGUAAUUUAAAAUGUUCAGUCUAUCAUAAUGAUUCACACUUAAACAGUAAACACAUUUUCAAAGCAA